CUAAUAGGUGGAAGAGUUGAUACAGAAGCACAAAGCACAGUUGUUGGAAAAACGAUACCGUUUCAACAUGGGACUUUUGAUGGGAGAAGCUCGUAGGAAGGUGAAGUGGGCUGACGGCAAGAUGUUAAAAAAUGAGAUGGACAUGCAGAUUCUCGAUCUGCUCGGACCAAAAACUACAGAGGACAUGAGUGUGAGCAUGGACAAGUCUGCUGGUGCCAAGGCGACAAGUCGUGGUCAACCCAACAAGGCAGCAGCUACAGCAGCGCCAGCAACAGCAGCAGCAGCAUCAACAAAACCAAUUGAAAAAAACAAAACUGGUAAUAGUUUUUGA